AUGCGACAGCGAGAUGUAAUCGGUAUUGCCGUGAUUGGUUCUGGUAAGACUGCUACUUUUGUUCUCCCCAUGCUAACUUAUAUCUCUAGACUGCCUCCAAUGAGCGAGUAUAAUGCAGCAAAAGGACCUUAUGCUGUUGUUUUGGCACCAACCCGUGAACUAGCACAACAGAUUAAGGAUGAAACUGUGAAGCGUUAUACUGUCUUGAAUAAAUGCAAUUAUAUAGUUCUUGAUGAAGCUGAUCGAAUGGUAGACAUGGGUUUUGAACCCCAAGUUAUGGGGUACUCGAUGCAAUGCCUUUCCAACAACUUGAAACCUGAGAAUGAAGAUAAAGAACUCGAUGAGAAGAAAAUCUACCGUACCACUUAUAUGUCCAGUGCUACUAUGCCGCCGGCUGUUGAGCGAUUAGCGAGAAAGUAUCUCAGGAAUCCUGUUCUGGUCACAAUUGAUGUUGUUGGUCGUGGUAUAGACAUUCCUGAUGUGGCUCAUGUGAUCAAUUACGACAUGAUGGGUUCUAUCAAGGGGGUACACUCAUCAUCCAGUUCCGACUCCGACUGUUACACGUUCUUAACUUUUCUGGAUACUAAUGUGUUCUAUGACUUCAAGAAGAUGCUUGUACAAAGUAAUAGUGUUGUGCCUCCAGAAUUGGCUAAACAUGAAGCUUCAAAGUUCAAGUAUGGGUCGAAUCCCUAUAGACCUCUUAGAAGAAAUAACCCAAUCUUUACUCACUAA